AUGUUAAUUAUUAAAAAUUAUUUGAAAUUUCCAAAUGAAUAUAACAUAUAAAAUAUAAAUUAAAUAGUAAUUCAUAUUCAAAUUACAAAAAGUUUUGAUGAAAACCAAUAAUNACAAACACUAAAAUGGUGUUUUAAAUAUAAAAAACCCGCACCAAAUGGAUUGAAAGUGCUUUUCUUGAAUGAUUAUCAAUUUCUUUGGGUAACUAGAGAUAAAAAUAUUGAUUAAAUUUUGGUUUUUGAAUAAGUAGAUGGAGUUUUUAUACAGAAUUAUAAGAGAAAAAUUUAAUUAUUAUAAAAUGAUUAAUGUGAGGAUGAUCCAUUCUUUCCUAUAGUGUAUAAUCUUUAUAAGAAUAUGAUUUUAGUUAGACACAAAUAUCAAAUUUAUAUAAUUAGAAAAUAAAAAGAUGGGAUAUUUUCUAUUAUAUCAUCAUUAAAUUGUGGAAGUGAUUAAAUUUAUGGUACGAUGACAGAUAACGCUAAAUAUUUGGUAUGUUGGGUAUAAGAGUAACAACAAUACUCUAUAUUUUAGUUAUUCGAAAAAUGA